UCCAUUCAGUUUUAAAAGUCCUUUUCUCAAAGUAACAUCAUCCUACCAGCAGCGCAGCCAUCUGCAAGCUGCGGAUCCUAAAUGGAGCCACAUAGCUCCGGGUGGCACAACAAUUGAUAUUUCAUUGCACCAUUGACCGAACGGAGGACGAAAAAAAAAUAUAAGCAGUGCAGUGGACAGAGGAUAAAUUAAAGUCGUUGGUACUGUUUUUGGUUUUAGAUUGAUUUGUGGGUUUGAAGCUGUUCGGAUCAAGCAGGGGAGUUGUAGAUUUUUUAGAGUAAAAUUCUGUUUCGCAACAAGCCCGGAAAAGAACUGUGCGAUGAUAAUCUAGACAAAGAAAAGUUGUUUCCUCGGAUCCUGAACUAGCUGAGCAGCGAUGAACGCAUGAUGUUGGAUUUUUCUUGGACUGGUCCGUCCGAACAAAUCGGAUGAGAUUGAAUCGAUUAAAGACAAAUGCGACAUAUUUGGAUUUUCUUCGAGGUUCGUAAACCCGACUAGAGAGUGACCCCGGGGGAUAGAUCUGGGUGAUUCUGGUGCUGAAUUGGGUGUGCCUAUUGUUUUUGUGAUUAGUCCAAGUGUCAAAGAUCUUUGAUCGGUGAAGUAGCUAGAAAAAUUGAUCGGUCAGUGACAGUGGAAAAAUUGAAUGAAAAUUUUCCUCGCUGGUGUAGUGUGAGUGCGAAAACGGGAGAGCAAAAGUGCGUAACCCCUAGACCGAACGUGUUUGGCUGUGUCUGUGUGCGACUGGCUACCCAGAGAGGAGGCCCGACCGUGUAGCGCCUGAGUUUGCGGGAGAAGAAGUGUGUUUGUUUUUAAAAUCCUGACAAGACUGAAACAUCCUUUUGCCGAGAGAGAGGGAGAGUGGCAGAAACGUCCUUCUCAGACAGAACAAGUGACUGACAAAGCGCAUUCCAGUCAGUUAAAACACGUGUGUGGUGCCGCGUCUGAACCAUUCCAGUUCAGACUUGUCGAUCGAUACGACUAGUUUUAAACAACAAAAGUUCGGUGAUAAACUUACACACAGCGACAGAGAAUAUCACAAAUUGGCCCCGGUUACUUCGGGGGUGUGAGUGUGUGUGUAUUGGAUUGCAUGUUUGAAUUCUUAAUGCAAUUUACCUUGAGUGACAUUCCACAAUUGGGAGUACUGACUACCGCCGACGGCCGAUAUCGACGAACUGGGGUGAAGGCUAGCAGCCAGCUGGAAGAGGUAGAAACAUGAUCCUGAUAGCUGGUGUCGAUAAUUAUCUAAACGUUUCCAUGGAGACCACAACGUUCCUGGGAGCAGCUUUCGGCUUCGUCGCCCUACUGCUGGUCCUGUUCCUGUACAUCAAUCGGAAGUGGUGCUUCGCAACCCCCGGAAGUUUUCCCUGCUGCGACGAGAACGCACUAUCGGCGAAAGCGGUACAUACGAUUCGCAGCCGCUUCGCUUACGACGGCAACUCCAGCUCCGAUUCGGAGGAGGAGAUUCUACGACGGCUGAAGCUACAGCAAUCCUGUAGUUUACACAGUGGUCAACUUUCUCGGUACGGUGCCGGUGCCCUGAGUCCUCAGGGGGGUGAUCCGAAUCUAGCACCCAGUCUUACCGGUCUGCAGCAUGUCACCAUAGGGGCAUCGGGUGGUGAGGAACCGGAACUGAUCAACCUGGGUAGAAAGGAUAGUAAGAAGCAUGGUCACCACCAUCAUCAUCAUCAUCAGCGUCAUCAUCACGAUCAUCGAAAUGCUUCAUCGAGGGAUCCGUUGGCGCUGGCCGAACGGGGUAAGGUCGGUAUGCCGCAUUCCAGUAGUGAGUGCAGCUCGAACAGCUCCGUGGAAGCCUCGGUCGAGAGUAAUACGGGUUUGGUUGGUGGGGAAAAGAAGGAUCGAAGGUUAAUUCUGCCGUCGCCCACUGGAAGGCCACUUAGCAGUGCCAAUAGUCUAGUGAAAGAGGCUUCUACUGAUGGUAAGGAGUUUGGGAAUAACAAUGCUGGAGUAACGUCCGAGUCCACGAAGUACAGCCGAUUACCAGUUCAGCAUCAGGACAGUUUGGAGGACGUGCCGGACAUCAACAGUAAUCAAGAUUGCAUUGUGGUACUUUCGCAGGAACCUCUGUUUGACACCAGUGAUCUGAAGUCGCUUAAAUCCGACACGGGAACAAUCGGACCCGGUCCAGAAAGUCCAACCUCAACCAGCAGUCCGAACGGAGUGCUGGAAGUUUCACUCCUGUACGAUGCACCGAUGCGCAAGAUGACCGUUCACGUCCUACAGGCUAGAGGAAUUCCGUCCCGGAGCAGUGCGAGUACGGUACCCGUAACCGGAGAGAUCAACGCCAAGGCCAGCCAGUCGACAACGCACACCCAGGUGCGGCUACUGAUGCUACCUAGCAAAAAACAGAAACAUAAGACUAAGAUCCGUUCCGGAGAGAAUCCACAGUUUAUGGAGAGUUUCCUGCUGCAUCGGGUCAAUCCGGAGGAGGUCAAUUCGAUGGGUUUGCGGAUUCGUGUUUACGGGUGUGAACGAAUGCGACGCGAGCGGUUGAUCGGAGAAGCGAUCAUCAGCUUUGCCAACAUUGAUCUAGAGCUGGAAACGAACUUGUGGCUGCCCCUGGAACCGAGGGCGAAUGCUGCCAACAACGGAUCUACGAGUGACUUGCUGAGUCUGGCGCGAUCGGAUAGUACGGGUUCAACGACAUCCAUGCAACAUGGAGGUGUUUCCGAACUUUUGCUUGGACUGGGCUACAACGGAACUACUGGAAGGCUAACGGUGGAGAUUGUGAAAGGCAGUCAGUUCCGGAACCUAGCCCUGAACAAGGUUCCCGAUACGUACGUGAAACUUUGUCUGGUGAGCAGUAUGGGCCAGGAAAUGGCUAGGGCAAAGACGUCGACUCGUCGGGGGCAACCGAAUCCGCUGUUCAAGGAGACGUUUAUCUUUCAGGUGGCCUUAUUCCAGUUGAACGACGUCACCCUGAUGGUGUCGGUGUACGCGAAGCGUAACAUGAAACGCAACGAGAUGGUCGGCUGGUUCAGUCUGGGGUUGAAUUCCAGCGGACCGGAGGAGAACGCCCACUGGGGCGACAUGCGGGAUGCGAUGAAUCCACGCUCGGAACUGGUGACACGAUGGCACGUCCUGGUGGAUUCCUGAUUUAACUAGCUAGGGCUCUCCCCUCGGCAGAGUACGGUUGUCAGCGAGGAUAUCGUCGAAGUGGCGGUCGUGUCAGGCGGUGGACGCCCGAAGAGUCAAAAAAUGCGCCGAAGCUCCUACAGUGCUGGUGGCGGAACGCUAGCUUCUCCUACUGGUGGAGAAUCAGUCGUACCGUUUCAGCAGCAGCAGGAGCAUGAGCAGGAGCUGAGAGGUAAUCGGGACUCGGUAGCCGUCGAUAUCUUGCUGAUGCCAGGGAGUGACCUAGAGUUUGUUUGAAGCUGUGUAGUGAAUGCAAGGUGUGAAAGUGAUACGAAAGUUUGAUGUUUCAGUGUGCCCAAUCUAGUUGUGACAUUCAGUUCUGAUUGUUGGAUCAACGUGAAAGCUUUAGUUUUAGCCAAACCAUUUUGGAUGUUUUAAUCGUAUUGUAACUCACAAUUUUAGAUAAGAUUCAAUCUCUGGCGUUAGGUGUUUUUGACAUAAACCAAAAAAAAAGUGGGCUGCAGAAUCGCGUGCAGUUCGAUAAUUGGAUAGGAAACUUUGAACCACCAGUGCGGGGGAAACUUUAGAGUGGACAGAUUAGGUAGUGCUAUAUAAGCAUAUAGCGUCAUUUUACGGAGUGGAGGAAACUGAAAGCACAAAUUUAGAAACAGUACGAAUUGGAACAUAUAUUUCGAAAGGUUUUUUAUCUAAGAGUAAUCAGGUGCUAUAAAGAUUUUUUUUUAAAUUUCAGAUAUAUAUUUAAAUAUGAUGAAUACUUCAGUUCCGUAUAUUUCUACAAAUUCCACGGAAAAUUUUUUAUUUUUUACCGACUACACAGGUUUGCUUUGCAUCCAAAUUGUUAUAUGCAUUUGUCGCCUCAUCUUUAAGAAGAAAACUUGUUUGCUCCAUGGACAGUGAGUUAUUAUUAUCCAGCGAGAGAUUCUGUUACUAACCAAAUGAACCAGUGGAAAAGUGCACUAGCGUUGUCAUUGGAAAAAAUUCUGCUGUUGUCAUAGUCCGACCAGCUUCACCGAGAACGGUUUUUAUCUUAUAACCAAACAUCAACAAAGAGAAACUGAUGUCGCAUUCAGAUUAUGCCCAAGUUCUAUCGAAUCAGAGCACAUCCAUUUCAUAUCUGCUUCAUCAACAUUUUCGGUAUUUUCCUAAACGCUUACGCCUUGGUUUGAUAAAUAGGAAAUGCCUCAUAACGGCGGGAAUAUUAGUCUUGUUCGCAAUAUUGAUGCAGCCCCUAUUUUGACAUUAGUUGCUAACGCUAGUUUGACACAAACGCCACUUUAGAAAUGUUGAUCGAUCGAGCUUGUUCGCGAACAACGCUGUGCGGAAUUCGAUAAUACCGAAAAGGACGGCAUGAGAAUUAAUUCGAGCUGUUGAGAUAUUGAUUGUAAAAAAUUAAAUUACCUAAUGAGAAGAGUAUCCGGUAUUUGAGUUAGUUUUCUGGUUAAUUUGUGUUGUGUCACCUGAGUCGUUUUUGGACCCUUGACAAUACAAGAUUCUUAUUUGUUUUCUAUAUGAAUCCAUUCCAAAUUUCUUGUGAACAAAAUACGAAUUAAUUGUCAACACGUUAUUUUUCCAAAACAUACAAAGGAGUUUAUUGUUAUGUGGCAGGAAUUACAAGGCAGGGGUCUCAAAUGAGUUUAUCACCUUAGGAAAUUGAUCGCGGGAUUUGUGCCAGGGGCGGCGAAACACUUUUCGCCCGAGUGGGUAGAAAGCAUAGAGUGAGGGGUCCAUUAGUAAGGAUUUUUUCCCUGUUCGCAAUGCACACGCUUACAUUACAUUCACAUUAAGUCACGUUCAUUUAUGCAAAUGGAAUUGUGGUACAUCGAUGUUUUCAAAUGUGUGUAGUGCGUGAUACAUCUAAUUUUUUUGAAAUGGUUCAAAAUUUCGAGUGGGUAAUUACCCACUCGGUUAUUUUCGAGUGGGUAGUACUACCCAUACUACCCACGCUUUCCACCGGCCCUGAUUUGGGCUGGGAUUUUACACUGAAUGUUGGCUACGGAAAACUUUUCCCCGUUAUCUCUCCAAACUGUCAAAUCAAAAAGGUUCCGCAGCUUCUAAAAAUAUCACUCCAGGAAGGAACCUACCUCAUAGCGGCUAGGCUGACGUUUUGAAUAUCAAAUCUCGAAAUGACAAGCAAAACUCGCCCACGUGCACGAAGUUAUAACUUUUUUCUUCGUCAUUGUGUAGUUGCCGUUUGGAAGCUUUGUUCAAAAUAUAAAAAAAAACUUAAUUUAUUUAAUUCGCCUGCUACUAGGACGAGUAGUCCUAGGGUAGAUAUCCCAGUUUUUAAUAAUUGAUUUCUCACUGGCCAUGACCGGUUUUACAGGUAUGACACUUUUUCUGGCUAAUUUUGUGUCUGCAAAUGCGCCAGCAUUAUUGAUCGCACCUCCAUUAUCGUAGACAUACAAAAAACAAAAGAAAAUUGUAAAAACUUUUCCUUUUUUGUAAACAUAAAUUGAAAACCAAUACAGCACAGAUUCGUCACGACCUCGUCCCAACUAAUGAACGCGAUUCGAUUGACAGAUGUCGAAAACUAUCAAUAGAGAAUGGUAGUGUCGUAAUCUAACGAUGCUUCCCCUGAGAGCUGAGCAUCUGUGCGAGUCAAGAUUAGACUAAUAACUGAUUUUGGGAUGCCAACUUUCCAGAUUUAUCUGGAUUCUUCCAGAUUUUUUAGCGUCGUCCAGACAUAAAGAUUUAUUUUUGUCUGAUCCAGAUUUCAGAGUUUUUGUCCAGACUUAUCCAGAUAAUAUGAAAAAUAACAAAAUAAAAUACAAGAAGGCUUCGUUGAUUUUUAAACCACUAUUUGAUAAUAGCUGGAAACACCACAUAUCAAAAUUUAUUCACUGAAAGUUAACAAAACUUUCUGAAUUUUUAUCAGCUGGUAGUUCCGGCUAUCCAAAAUGCUGAAACCUCAGAAAUUCAAAUUUCAUCUAUUUCACGGAUUCUCUAUGCCGAAAAUUAAGCAUAUGAAUUCCGAGUGGGCGCAACUACGGAAUUUUCAGUUAGUCAAGACAUAUUUGUUUGACAACAAAAAAAAAUAUCCAAAUACAGCUCAUAGAUGGAACUUCCUCAAAAAAUUGGCCAUCUAUACAAUUCCACUUUUUAAAAAAAUAUUACAGAUCUUCUGGAAAAACACUUGGCAUCCCUGCCUGCUCAUCAACAGAAUUGCCAGUUUUCUUUAUUGAAAUUUAAAUAGCACAUUACUUCCUUACAGAUGAGUGUUGAAUGCAACUGCUCACAUUUUUACCUAUUGUAUGCUUAUUUUGACAUCCAGUUGCUUUUCAGUUGGGGCACGACCCAAUUAGCGAACACCCAACUAACGGACCACCAAUCUAACGAGCUCCCAACUAACGAAUUUGCGCUGUAUAGAGUCAAACAACGAACUGAUUCACUAGUUCCGGUUCGGUUUCGGAACCGGUUCGGGUUUCUGAAUAGAGUCACCCACUGAGAAGCCCAAAAAAUUGUUUCAAAAUCGUUCAACACGGGUCCAACGAUGGACCUCUGUUGAACGCUUAUUUGGACGUCGUCCAACGUUGGUCCAACGAACGUCCUUCAUUGGACUAUUUCAUGCGUGUUUUUUGAGAAGGAGGAAUAAGCAUACUGUCAAACUUCACUUUGAGAGGAAAUUCUGGACAAACCAUUAAUCGCCGUUUAUAAAUCACAGCAACAGACGAAAGAGAAAACUUUUUUCUUUCAUAAAAUGUCAACAUCCAUUCUCGGCGAGUUACGGCUUGUCCGAAAUUUUCUCUCAAAGUGAAUUUUGACAGCAUGCUUGUUGGCCCUUCUCAAAAAACACGCCAGAUUUUGAAACCAACCGUUCUUAUAGGGUUUCCAACUCAAAUGCACAAUCGAUUCUGACCAGGGGGGUCUCACUCCUGCCAUCCGCUAUGGAGAUAUACAGACUUUGAUAGUAGUCAACAUAUGAUGGCCCUAGCCGCUUCUAGGCCCAUGUCGCCCGUGCAAUAGCAUUGGGUUGUUUUGAUUUUAACAAAGGCAAAAUGGCUGCCUAGCAGGGGGCUGAUUCCGACUCCAUUGGUUUCGAAAUCGGUUGCUGCAUUUGAGCUGGAAUCCAUACUGACUCCAUCCAGGAUUCCGAAUCAAAUUCCGAGUGGUUUGACCGGGUGGUUGUGGUCAAUUCACUUCCCGCUCGGACGUGCCUGGCGGAAUUUCCCCAGCCUUCUCUGUCAGCCUGCCGGCUGUAAUGCAACAACCGUUUCUGGCAGAAUUCUUUUAUUUUUUUUUUAAAUUUUAUGUAUUUUUUAUAAUAAAAACAUGUCUUUAGUAAUUGGAGAUAAGAAAUCCAUAUUACUUACCGUAUUUAAAACAAAAUCUCUGUUUCUUCUUUUUUUUCAUCUGCUAAAUCGAUUCUUCUUGAAAACAUGAUAUCAAAAAUGUAAAUAUGGCCAAAAUUAAACAAAGAUAAACAAAAGAGAACCGGUGAGGCGAAUCUGCCUGCCGUAACUGGCUGCACACUACCAGAAAAUAACCUACAGAAUAAGUUCUUUUAACUUAAAUUUAGGUACUUUUGAGCUUUGCGUCGCUUUCGCACUUAUUAGUGUUGUCAAAAACAAAACGAGAGAUUCGACUCAGCCGAGGUCUUCCGUGCAGUAAGGUACUUAUAAGUUGUUUGGGGUAUACUCAAAAUUAGGUAAAUUCAACUUAAAUUUAAGUAAAUUAAACUCAAGGUUAAGUUAUUAUUUUUGCCGUAGUUAAGUGGAAACUACCUUCAACACGAUUUACCUAAUUUUACCUUCCUGUACGAUACCACGAGAUUGAGUCAAAAGUACUGAAUUUUAGGUAGUUUUUCGGUGGCGUGUGGAGCAUAGCUGAAAUCUGGCAUUUUCAUAAUUUGGACAGCUGCCGGAAACCUGACGGAUUUCUGCUAGCUGUCCGAUUUUCUUGCAAGCGGGUCUGCGGCUGUCAGAAGUAUCCCAGUCAAAAACGGCGGACGAACAUGGCCAGGCCACAGUCUAUAGAGAACAGUUGCGCAAAGAGUGAAGUCAAAAAAAGCCUACCUAUCGAGCACAAUUGCAAUCCAUCUCUGAUAUCUCUGCAGCAAAGUUGGAUUCUAAUUUUGCUCGAUAGGUAGACUUUUUUCGGCUUCACUUUCUGCACACUCUUGGCGUACCUUUAUACUAAGGCCUUUUGGUCAGGUGAAUUGAAUACGUUUGACUUUUUACUCUACUCGACGUUCUAAUUGCUGCAAGCAACAAAUGUAAUUUGCGAAUACGAUUUAAAGUCAACUUCAAUGCUUAGACAAAUGUUCUGGCGGCUGAAAUGGUUGUUUUUCGCAUUUUUUGAACAUGGCGCUUCAUGUUUGGCUUAAGCUUAAAACUUUUUCUAAGCAAUUCGCAUGCUCUCGCUUGUGCUUUGUUUAUCUAGUGCACUUCAUUCGGCCGACAAAUUGAAGGGCAUGUAGCGCAUCCGAGUUGGCAAAUAGCCUACCGUUAGCCAGCACUUCGGCUCCAGUGACACAACCGAUUCAAUCUAGACACGAUUGUAUCACUGGAGCCGGAAUACGAACUAGAACCAGCCAGCAUUCAAGCUCAUUUUCUGGUUGAACUUUACUGGGUUAGUGCUGGCAGGAACACUACCGGAUUUCUCAGCGCGAAAUGAACACAAAUUCUAACAAAAUUUCGGCAGGUGAUAGCCAAAUCUUGGAGGUAUAUUUCUGGUUGAAUUCUCGUUAAAACCCUUGUUCUCAGUUACCGUGCCCCCCUCUAAGAACGAUUGGUAAGUUAACAGAAGUUUAACAAAGUGGAAAUGCCAGGAAUGUCGGACCAGCAUUUUGCUCGAUUCCUGCUAUAAUUUGCAAGGAAGAUAUAGAGUACUUGCCAAUCUGUAACUGUGUUAGUGUGUUAAACUAUUUGUUUUCCUCCACCUGUCAAAAUGUUCUGAUAGGAGGAGGAAAACAAAACUAAAAUAGCUUUUCGGUCGGAUUAUUUGUAUGAUGAAUCCCGACCAACCGGAUUUGCACGUCUCCGGAAUUAGUUUUACAGUGACACAGAGCGUUUAAACACCAUGAAAAAUACUUCAAACAAGCUAUUUCAAAUGUUUAAAUUCACUGACAGUUUUACAUAUGGCAGCGGGAGGAAAACAAACCCCCAAUUAGUGUGAGUGAAAUCGUUUGCGAAGAACUCUAUAGCUAGGGAUUUUGUAUGCUUCCUAGUAAAAGAGCCAGAAUUCUGUCUGGUUCUAGUUCAUAUUGCGGCUGAAGCCUGAAUACUAACUAGGGUUAGCCAGAGUUCUGUUCAUUUCCGACUGAAGUUAUCCGGGUUUCUAUUUGCUUAGGUUUUCAUAUGGCUCCUGUCAGAAUUUCGCCAGGAACCGUGAUCGAAAUCACUCUAGUUUGGCUGGCUAAACUAACCUUCCAGAAUCGGUUCGGAACGCUGAAUGGAUUCACCCGGUAAUCAAAUAUCUUGGCAAAGACCGAACUGUUAUUCUUUUAGCAGCCCUGCCAAAUUUCUGCGCGCUUCCUGUCGGAUUAGCUGAACUAGGGCGAACUCAGUUUCGCUCGUGUCUUCAGGCAAAUUCUGACAGAACUCUAAAAUAAACCGUGCAAAGAUUCUGGCGACACCAACCUUGCAGAAUCAUAACACGAAUCGAGCAAAAAACCUGACAAAGCUGUGGCAGGAAUCGAACAGAAAUCCUGACCUUACAUUCCUGACAGGAUUCUGACUAAACGCAUUAUGGUUUUUGUCAGAAACGGUUGUUGCAUUUGAGCGAAUUUACUGCCAGAAUUCUCGUACAAAUUGCACAAAAUGCUAGCAAAAAUUCUGCCAGCAUAAAUUUCGCUUUGCUCAACUUCUGUCAGGGUAAACGGUGAUUGGGCAGUAUCCCCCUAAGAACGGUUGGUUUCACCCAGUGAGCAAAUUUUCUGGCAGAGACCGCUGUGCUAGAUUUCUGUAAGUCUUGGUUUGGCAGCCCUGUCAGAUUUCUGCGCGUAUCCUGUCGGGUUAGUUGAGCUAGGGCGAACUCGGUUUCGCUCGCGUUUUCUGGCAAAUUUUGACAGGAACCGAGCAAAACCCUGGCAUAGCUCGGACAUAAACUGUGCAAUGAUCCUGGCAAUUCCCAACUGGUAGAAUUUAGCACGAAUCGAGCAAAACAUCUGACAAAGAUGUGGCAGGAAGCGUGCAGAGAUCUUGGCCAUACAUUUCUGGCUGGAUUAUGGAUAAAAGUGAGCAGCCUCGGUUGGUUUAACCGCUUCUGUCAGAAACGGUUGUUGCAUUUGAGCGAAUUUGUUGCCAGAAUUCUCUCUAAGAACGGUUGGUUUCAAAACCGUCCAAUGAAGGACUUUCGUUGGACCAAUUUGCACAACGUACAAAUAACCGUGAAACAAACGUCCAUCGUUGGACCCGUGUUGAACGAUUUUGAAACAAUUUUUUGGACGUCUCAGUGGGUUGUCGCACAAAUCGCGCAAAAUGCUCGCAGAAACUCUGUUAGCAUCAAGUUCGCUUUGCUCAACUUUUGCUAACUUUCUGCUUGCCACGUUGACCGGGCAAAAUCGUCCAAUGAAGGACGUUCGUUGGACCAACGCUGGACGACGUUCAAUAAUAACCGUUCCAACAGACGUUCAUCGUUUGACCUGUCCCAGUUAAACUCAUUCCGGAACCGGUUCGGAUUUCUGAAUGGACCCACUGAGACGUCCAAAAAAUUGUUUCAAAAUCGUUCAACAUGGGUCCAACGAUGGACGUUCGUUGAACGGUUAUUUGGACGAUGCCCAAAUUGGUCCAACGAACGUCCUUCAUUGGACGAUUUUGAAACCAACCGUUCUUAGAGGGGAGUCAUUAUGGAUUCCAAAUCAAAUGCAACAACCGAUUCCGACUCAAUCGGUUUCAGAAUCGGUUGUUGCAUUUGAUUUGGAAUCCAUACUGACUCCAUUCAGGAUUCCGAAUCAAAUUCCGAAUGACCGGGGUGUUGCUCCAUUUUAGUAUUUUUUUUGGUUUCUCGAAGGGGAAUAGUGAACUGAAAUGUGAUUAGGAUCUUGACAGCUAAUCAGAUGGACAAUUUAAUUCGGCCUAUCUCUAGUUUUGGAUGUAUUGGUGUGGAGCUGGGACGCGACCUUUCUUUGUCUUAUUUUUGUUUAUUUUAUCUGUUGUCGCGCAUAGUCUCUCAGUCUGCCUCGAUUCUGCUUCAAAUAUUUUAAACGGACUGGCUGCAUUUGACAGUUCACCUUGGCUGCAUUUGACGUUAAGUGUUUUCGAAUUCAUGAGUCCCUUCCUAGGUAUGGAAGGGCUGGUGUUUUCCACUCCAAUGAAUUUAUUACUUAUUUAUUUGGACGUGGUCUGACGGUUCCAAGGGCAAGGGUCCCAUGAGCACAUCGUCGUAUCUUCGAGCCCUAGUCUGUAAGAAUUUUUCGUGGUCAGCCGCAUUGUAAUACUAGCCCUGCAAUUGUCCUGUAUGCUUAAAAUCGGCUGCAAAGUCUGUCGAAACAGAAGGUCAAGCUCCGCAACGGAAUAUAAUACCAAGGCUUUGCUUUGAUUAGACAUGGAAGCCUGUUUUCUAGGCUAUGAGUUUGCAAUGCGUAAAAUGCUGGAUUAACAGAGAUUUUCUCUAUGUCGAAAUCUAUAUAUAAAUAAAUAACACGAAAAGCUUGUUAAGAAUAGAAAAAAACUCAGAACAAAGGAUGAGCGAGCAGAGGAGUAUACCGCAUUUUUUGCCUCAUCGUAUGGCAAAAUUACAUUACCACUUUUGACGCUUCGUUUGGUUACAAAUAGAAUCUCAGCAGCAAGCAAAAUAGCGUACAGAGCCGAUAAUCCUUAUUCCCACAAUAAUUUCGGUUGAAAUUCUCAUUUGGGAACGACAUACAUAAAUUAAGCAACGUCCCGAAAAGGUACAGUAAAUCAGAAACAAUUAGUGAUUCGUGCUACUUACUCGUAUUUUGUACCUGUUCCGUAUAUAUACAUUCUGUCCUUGUUGGUUGAGGAAGAUUAAAAAUCAUACAACGUAUCCUUUAUAAAAGCGAUAAAGCAAAGAAUCGGUAACAAAAUAUCUAUACAUUGUCUAUUUUGAAUGAAAAGAAAAACUAAACAAAAAUUAAUAUAAUUGGUAGAAUAUACUAAUCGGAGACCAUUUUCAAUUUUGUUUUCUAUUUUAGGAAAACAAAAAACAAAUAUAUUUAUUGGAUCAGUAAAACUUAUAUUUUAUACUGAUAGGAAAACGAACAAGCAGUCGAGGAAGACCCGCGAAAGCUUAGUAGAUAAGGGCCAAGCUAGGCAAAGAGACACGAAAAAGAUAUGAUAAAAUUAGUACCUUUGAAAGGAAAUUACUGUAAACUCAAUCGCGCACACACAUUUAAUGUUAAUGAAAAAUUAUAUCGUAAACAUAUUACUAAACAAAACAAGAAAAAAAACUAAACACAAAGCUAUAAAUCAGCGUAUUUUUAUACCAACACGAGGUCCGUCAAAUGGCAGCUGCUGGCUGUCAUUUGACGUACCGAGUGACAGAUAUUCUGUACGACAAGUGCGUCGGCCCAGUAUAGAAGAAGAUUGGAAUAGCAUUUCCGGAGGUACAGGCUCACUCGAAAAAAAUAACACAAAGGUAUUCGAAAAUAUAUGACCAAAGUUUGAAAACGCGCUUUGUUAAAAAAAAAGUUUUUUGGUCCCACCUUGGUCGCACCGUCAUCGUCAUAUCAUUAUCGGUCCGUUUGAUUGUUUGACGCUAGUAACGAAACUCGAACGUUGCGUUCGAGACUGUGAAAGAUUAGUUUGAAUCAGAUAGAUGUAUCACAUUAAAAAUAGUGUCAAAGACUGUGUAAUAAUGAAAUUUAAGGAUAACCCUUAACGAAAGGUAUGAGAAUGAGAAUUAAAUCUACAUUGACUAACAAUUAGCGAAGAGCUACACGAUACUUAGUUUUGUAAUUGGUAUUACCAGAUGGCCCAAAAAAAGCUUUACACAAAUAAAUAAUUUCGGAUAUGCUUUAACCGUAAAUAAAAACAACUGUGAACGAGCAAUUUGUGCCAGAGGACAGCUUUGUUUCGAAAAUUAUUUCUGAUUGGCGAUUUUCCUGUAUUUCGGGAAACGAAAACAUUACAGGGUUGGUAGCAAAAACACAUACAGAAACCAUUAAACCUAAGUGAAAAUAAUAUUCCCUACCCAUUUAAAUCUAAAACUUAACCAUUCAGAAACACGUUUAAAAAAAUUUUCCCAACAUCUAAUACUAACGUUUCAACAGCUUCAACUAAGAGCUAAGUCUUGGCUUUUUUUAGCACGAGCCAAGAAAAUAAACUAUUAACGAAAGCGACUUUUCGCCGUUAGAGGAUGGUCCAUCAAAGCGUAAAUAGCUUCUCGCUCAGUUGUAACACUUAACCUUCGACUGUCCAAAUUCUUUAACACAAAUAUCGGACGAUAUUAAGAAAAGCAUAAGCCUUUUAAAUUCAGUCUUUCAACAUCGUAUCCUGUCGACGUGAAUUCGAAAUGUAAGAAAUAGGUAACAAAAUCAUCAUAAUCCUCGGUGUGUUUACAUCUCAUUCCCUAACCCAUAUACAUUUCAGUAGAAUAAAAUCGAAAAAAAUCAAGAAUUUCGUUAGAAGACAGUUAAAUAAAAAAGAAACAAAAGAAAACCUCGAAAUACAUAAUAAGUGUGAGAAAAACAUCAACAUAAUAAGCCAAAAUGUGUCACACACACACACGCAUCAUAAGAGGUGUACUUAGCCGUAUCGGUUUGGUCGUUUUAGGACAAACCCUCGCUUGCCACGUCAUCCGGCCGGCAGAUGGCGUUUGAUUUGUAACUGUAACAAUUUUGUCGUACGAUGUCGAAUCGUGCGGAACUUUGAGGCGAAACAGCUCGCCAAUCAAAGGGAAAAGGAACCCAUUUUUGUAACCUUCAAUGUAACCUCCAAAGUAUAAACAAACACACACUUAAGAAAAAAACCAAAAAUAAAACAACUUCUUUCGAUUGAUUAGAUGUGUGUUCACAUCGUUGUCCAAAAACCCACAGCAACAUUUGUCAAACUGAACGUACGAGAGUGGAGAGUCAAAAACCAAAACAUGCCAGCACAAAGAGGUAUUUUACCGAUUAGUAGUAGACGUUUCAUCUUAACUAUCUUUAAAAAAAAUAUCGAUUAUUAAAAAAAAACAAUUGUACUUUGUGAUACUACCUUUGCACCGCACUUGCUUUCGCCAGCGCCAAACGAAUGGUUUUAAACAGAGAAGGGGCGGCGGAAGAUCGAACGAAGACUAGAGACAGAAAAAAAAACCUGCUUGACAGCUGUCAUUUGACCGUUGAAUAACGGCUGUCACUUUUAGACAAGGCACCUGCAAGAAUGAAGUGCACUUUUAUGUUCUUUUAUGGCGAGGUUGUUAUUUCCCACCUGCGAAGCCGCGCCAGGUGUCAAGCAAAAACCAAAAACGAACAACAUUAAAUGUAAAUAAACAAUUGCAAAACUGCAAAUAGUUACAACAGAGAAAGAAAAACAGACCCGCUAGUUAGACAGAUCACUCAAAUGAUAUCUCUGAUUUGGGGCAAACAGCAAAAAAAAACACGAAACAAAGACCAACAGAAAGGCCAAACAUUUUAUCUCUUACAGAAAGUUAGUUCGAAAAAUAGAGCAAAACAGAAAACUCAAAUAGUACACGAGAAAAUCAUUCACUUUUCCAGUUAGUAGUUAGUCAUCUUCUAAGAAACAAAACUAGCAACCAUUUACAAGAUACGCACCUGCAUGAACUCACAGAUCCUAUCGAAACUGUCGUAAAAAGGACACGUCUGACGCUUUGUUCUUAUUGUUGUAUAAUUUUAACGAAGAGAGCUAUAUUCAUUCUAUUUUAGAUGUGCAGAUGAUCACUAUUUUAUAUUUGAAUCAACGAAUUACAUACCAAAUUCUGGUAGUAGUUUUAUUUUUUUUUGUUAGGCUAUUGGAGGAAAUAGUUGUAGCUGAUCAGUUACUGAUCGAUAAGAUGUGUUAAAACCACUUUCGGGUUCACUCAUGCAGAACUAUAAAAAAAAGAUCGUUUCUUUUGACAACCAUAACGUAAAGUUUGACGGGAAACCGGGAAACAAAGAAGAAGAAAAAGAGGUGCGCGGCUAAAUAUGGCGACCAUGGCUAAUCACUCGCCUAUAACGUAUUGAAUGAUCCAAUCGAUGAUGUGAGUGAAGAGAAUCAAGUUAGGGAGGAAGCUAUUUCACUUCUGUAACGUGAGAUUUAAUAAAGAUUCAUGCAUUUUUUACUGAAUAUAACCAAAGAA